AUGAAAGGAAGUAGCGGAGGGUGGAAAGAUUUUUUGAGAUCAUAUGACAAGAAGUUAGGGGUUAGCUUGAGUGACCCGUCCAAGAGGUCCGUUGAUGAUCUGCUUGCGUUUUUGAAGACGUUUAGUCAAAGACUUUUCAAAAAGGUGUUUCAAUGUUAUUCCAAUCGAGAUGCUGUAGAGAAGCUUCAGAAAAAGUCGCCGGAUAGUGAAUCCGCGGAACAGGGACUGGUUCGUUUAACUUUUGAGCACCCUCAAUAUCCGACAGAUUACUCAUUUCCAUCACACGAGGAGGUUAGACUCAAUGAAUUUGUGAAUCCAAAAAAACCAAUUGCAGAUUACAGAACUGAGAUUGCUGGAAUAACCGCUGGAGAUUUAGAUGGAGUUUCUUGUUCAUUGGCCGAUGUACAGAUGUCCAUGAAGAAGCUAUUAUCACAUGGAACCAUAUUGAUUGGCCUAAGUUUACACAAUGACCUUCGNUUUUCCUCAAUAGAUCAUGCAAGAGUGAUUGACACAUCUUAUAUCUUCAAAUAUCGGGAUCAGCCUUCUAAUAGAAGACCAUCUUUAAGUAAUUUGUGUAAGUCUGUGUUAGGUUUUGAACUUCGAAAGAAGGACUCUCCACAUAAUUGUCUGGAUGAUGCAUGUACUGCGAUGAAACUUGUUCUUGCCAAGAUUGAACGUGGAGUUGAUUGUAUCAUACCGUUAGUUCGUGAGGAGGUGCAAGAGCCCAAGGUGGCAAAGCUACUUGUCCACAGAAUACCAGUGGCUGUUCAUAGCGAAGAGUUACACAAGUUAUCCUGGAGACUUACCAUAGAAGUUAAGUCGUUGAAGAAUCACAUUGUUGCUUGUUUGCGUUUUUUUAACGGUCUAUGCUCCAGUCAUUCCUCAUGUUACAUGGAUCCUUCAAUUGCCAUAAUGUACUCGUGUCAAACUGGUGUGACAUUGGGCAUAUAUGCUUUGCUAAUUCUUUAA